UAAGCAUUCAUACAGUAACUAAGUAAACUAACCCAUGUUUACCCGCAUGUAUUAAUGCCUGAGGAUCAUACCCAGGCAUCAAACCAGAAUCCGCGCUCGCGCGCACCUACACACCACACCGCCUUCGAGGCUCUCCGGUCCAUCCUCGACGGGGUCUCCGCACGUCUUGCCAAAAAUCUCAGCGGCAGAAAAGUAAGUGAGAGUGAGAGAGUUGUACCUCCCCCCCAUCACCUCCAUUCGCCAUGCCUCCCCGUAUGCCCGGGAAGCUUUCCCAGCUUCCCCUGACGAACAUCUGGGCAUCUCAAAUCCCAAUCUCUCCUUCCGUCCGCAGCAGCCAAUUCUCCAUCACCUCAGUCCGCACCUUCGGUAUCCGGUCCUUGAACCCACCCGAGGCUUCGCGCUUCAACGUCGGCCAUGACCUGCCCGUGCUGAAAUCGACACCCACCGCCGCCCUCGAGCGCAAGGCAAACACCCUCCCCCUGCGGACCGGUGCCAUCACCUUCAAGAAGGGCAUGACCGCCCUGUAUGACCCGGAGACCGGCAAACGUGUUCCCUGCACCGUGCUGCAGCUCGAUCGAGUCGAGGUCGUAUCGCACAAGACUCGCGAGAAGCAUGGAUACUAUGCUGUUCAGCUGGGUGCUGGGUGGAGGCGUCCUAGUAACUUGACCAAGUCCCUGCUCGGCCAUUUCACUGCCAAUGGCAUCUCGCCUAAGCGUCAUGUCUAUGAGUUCCGGGUUAAGGAUGAGAGCGGGCUUUUGCCUGUUGGUCAGGCGGUCAGUGCGGACUGGUUCCAGGAGGGACAGUUCAUUGAUGCGAGGUCUAAUACGAAGGGUAAGGGUUUCGCGGGUGUUAUGAAGAGACAUGGUUUCGGUGGUCAGGAUCGCAGUCACGGUGUUUCUUUGACGCAUCGUUCGCUUGGUUCCGCUGGUCCUAGUCAGGGUGGUGGUUCUCGUGUUUACCCUGGAAAGAAGAUGGCGGGUAACAUGGGUAAUGAGCAGAACACGGUCCAGAAUCUGAGGAUCCUGAAGGUGGAUGCUGAGAAUGGAAUUGUUGUGGUCAAUGGCUCCGUCAGUGGUCCCAAGGGCUGCGUUGUCCGGAUACAGGAUGCCAUCAAGAAGCCGUGGCCGGAAGCUUCCCCCGCGACUGCUGAGGCUUCUGAAUAAAUUAACCGCGCGCGCUUUCUGUUCUUCUUGUCAUCUUUUGUGAAAUGUACUACUACACUGUAUUGUUUUUAAGAGCGGCGUCUGUAUAUGAUACAUAAAUGAUAUCCCUUUCCCAAAGUGUUGGGUUCCUAUAGGUUCUUCUCCGCCAGAUUGGCGCUCUCAAAUAGCUCUUCCACUCCAGUCGAGCAACCUAAAUCUGCCCAAUGGGAUG